AUGGCGGAACCGGGGCGAGGUCGGGAAAAGUCGUAUGCUUUGCAAGAUGAAUAUCCGGACGAUCUGGAAUAUCGUGAUUCCGACGAAGAAAUCUAUUACCCGACAAGUAACGAGGUCUCGCGAGUGGAUAUUAAUCAACCACGGACGAGUCUGGAAGGUUUGGCCCCUUACGAGUUUUACCGAAAUUACAACGAAGCAAAAAGAGGAGACGCUGAUUACCGCGAUCAGUACAUACAGAACUGGCAGAGCGCUUUGGAAAAACAAGAUCAGGAGAUAAGAGAACUUAACACGCAGCUGAGAGAGCUUAGAGAGGAAUGCCGCGAGUAUUUCUCGAGUUCGGAAGAGAAGCUGAGCUGUUUCGAGGGGAAAGUUGAUUUGCUUAUAAAUUUGGUUUCUUCGUGGACGCACCACCCUUCCAUGGACCGCAGAUGUCGAGGAUUUUGCACCAAGCAUGUACGAACUGAAAGGUGCUUGUGUCGUGGUUUGAAAGAACCUCACAGGUGCUGUGGUCGUAUUGGCGGAAUUUGUGACUGUUGA